UCCCUUAGCGCGCACGGUAGUAACAGGAAGUAAAAGGGAAGCUACAACCAAACCAUAACAAGCUGAGCAGAAGUAUUUAUUUUAAAGAAGUGUUGUCUUAAAAAUGGACUCUCGGAGUUUAACUAACGAGUCACGCUGCGUGUUUUUUAACUCCUCCUCAAAGGACAAUCGAUGUGCGGUGAUUUUAUCAGUAAAACGAGCCACAGGAACCUUCUCCUUAGUCGGAUGUGUUUUCAUGCUGUUUGUAAUCUGGCUGCUCCGACGCUAUCACUCCCUGGCUCAGAAGAUGAUUCUCAGCCUGACUGUAGCCGCCUUCUUCGACAGCGUAGCAUAUGUCAUGGGCGAAACCCAUCCGAAGGGAUCUCUCUGCAACUUCCAGGCCUGGUGGCUGACAUACUUCGACUGGAGUGCCUUGGCCUGGGUUUGCCUCAUUACCCUGAACCUGUAUCUCAACCUGGUCAGGGAAAUAAGCACCAACAGAUAUGAGAAGUUUUACCAUCUGAUGGCGUGGGGGUUACCUCUGGUCAUGGCCUCUUUGCCGCUGCUGAGAGGUUGCUACGGCCCCGCGGGAGCCUGGUGCUGGAUCACAGACGAUCACGUAGCCUGGAGAUUUGGGAUAUGGUACGUGCCUCUCUUCAGCCUCAUCUUCCUCAUGAUCUGCUGCUAUGGCAGAAUCAUCUGUGUGGCCAAUAACAGAAUGCAGUCCUGGCGGGGAACCUUCAACCCCGAGCGCGAGAGACGAAAGGUUUCCUUGGCCGAGGAGAUCAAGCCGCUCAAGUGGUAUCCGUCCGUUUACCUGCUGGUGUCCACCUUCCCGCUGGUUAACAGACUCCAUAAUGCCUUCUACCCUGAAGAACCUUCGUUCCCUCUCACCCUUUUGCACGUCCUGUCAGCACCUCUCCAUGGUUUGGCCAAUGCCUUUGUUUUUGGCCUGGAUAAGGAGUGGUGGAGUCUGCUGAGCCCAACUGGAUUGCAGCUGGCUCUGCAGUCACGGCUCUGCGACCGAACGCGAAUCGGAGAGUACUACCCCGGGGCGGUGCGCUACACACAGGCAGACCUUAUCGACCCGAGCGAUGACGACGACGACGACACCAACGUGCUCUUCUACUCGCCUGACAUGACCCUGAAAGAUCGAGGUCCUUGAGAGAGACGAAGAAGGGAGACAAAAGAGCUGGAGGGAAGACGCACAAAGGAGGGUCAGAGCCAGAGAGAACCGCGCCAGAUUAGAAACUGAGAGGGGGAAAAAAGAAAAAGGAAAAAGAAAAAAAAAAACGAGGUAGGGAGGGAAUGGAAGAGAAGAUUGUGGGGACGGUCAGGCAGAUAGAAGCCGGAGAUGAGCUGUCAGGUUCCAUUAUUAAUCCCCAUCCUUUACUAUUUAAUAUCCUUAAGACACCCUCCACACACACACAGAGCAGAGCUCCAUUUCUGUGCAACACGACUAUCUGAGAGCUCUAAAGAUCAGCCUAAUGUUAAAGGCAUCUGCUGCAUCCCAAAAGGACUCCGGAAAGAUUUACCUCCCCGAACCCUCUGUUUUCCACCGCAUUCUGCAGCAUUUUAGCAUGCCAGAACAAAAAAGACAAGGGGGGGGAAAAAAAAAAAAAAGAAGGAAAAAAAAAAACACGAGGCACUGCUGAAAGGCAAUCAUAACAAGGUGCUUCUUAAGCACUCGCAGCAAUCACCUUUUCAGUUCCCCACAGGAGAUGAGUUGAAAGGCAGGCCUUUAAAAAUCACCCUGUGUGUCAGCGUCUCACUCUGCCAUUAGAUUGAUCCCGGUACUACAUAAUUUUCCUGCCAAUAAGGGGAAGGUGGGUGUACAGUGGAAAUACAAAAAGAAAAAGACGGGGAGGUGGGAUGGGGCGUGGAGGAGGGGGGGGUUAAAAACAGUCGAAGUGAGUCAGAAUUGGGGGAAAAACAAGUCCUGAAGCACCGGGCUCUCUCCUCAGACAGUAUUAGCUUUCAGGCUGUCGCGUUGCAAGUUCUGCACAAGUGUUCCUUUGAGUUUGUAUUUUUGAUGAAAUGCUAAACUUUUGAUAUACUGUAUUUAUUACAAAUCGACGUACUGUAUAUGUUUGAAUGCAUCUAUUUUUGUACUCUUGUCUUCUUCUGAAAUCAAAGCCUUAUCUCUGUUAGUCAAUUCAACAUGCUCAAAAGUUUACCUACACGCGUCGUGGGCAUGACGUUCAUGUUGAUUCCAGGCUUUUGAUGAUUUCUUCAAAUAAACAUCCCACUUGUAUUUGGUUGAAUGUUCUUGAGCAAGUUGCAGUAAAACCAGGAACAAGCUGGCAGCGUAACUUGAUCUGGAUAUUUGACCGCUCUUCUUAUCAGAAACUGUGGAGCUCAUUUGAAUUAGUUAAUAUCCUGGCACAGACUUUGCUUUAAAAUAUUUUUUAACAGGCUUAGUGUCCGAGAAGCUUAAUGUUGGCCAGAGUCAAACACCUACUCGGUUACAACCAAGAACAAAUAAAGGUGAGGUUUUCAAAUUGCAAAAUUA